GGGACAACUGUGGGCGGCGGGAACCCAGCUGGGCGCCUGCAAGCUCAUAAAUAGUGCGGGCGACACUGGUGGCCGAGACCAGCGUGCGUGCAGCCGGCGCCCGCGAGGCAUCUGGAUCCCCAGCGCCUAGGAGGACCCCUGCCACCCUCCCUCCGUCCAGAGGAGGGACAGGCCGACGCCACUGCCCUGCGGGAGCCCCUUCUCUCCACCCCUGCUUCCUCCCUGCCCGCCCCCAGCGUCCCCCUACCAUGAGCCCCCGCCGUGGCUGCUGCGCCUGCUGCUGGCUCCUCCUCCUCUCCUUGGGAGUCCCGCGGGCCCCAGGAUACCCCAGCGCUGCCCCAGAGCAAGUCCAUCUGUCCUACCCAGGUGAGCCGGGCUCCAUGACGGUGACCUGGACCACGUGGGUCCCCGCGCCGUCCGAAGUGCAGUUCGGGCUGCAGCCGUCGGGGCCCCUCCCGCUGCGGGCGCGGGGCAGCGCGCGGCCCUUCGUGGACGGCGGCAUCCUGCGGAGGACGCUCUACAUGCACCGGGUGACGCUGCGCCGGCUGCUGCCGGGGGCGCAGUACGUUUACCGCUGUGGCAGCGCCCAGGGCUGGAGCCGGCGGUUCCGCUUCCGGGCCCUGAAGAACGGGGUCCACUGGAGCCCCCGCCUGGCUGUGUUUGGGGACCUGGGGGCCGACAACCCCAAGGCCUUCCCCCGGCUGCGCAGAGACACCCAGCAGGGCCUGUACGACGCCGUUCUCCAUGUGGGAGACUUUGCCUACAACAUGGAUCAGGACAACGCACGCGUCGGGGACAGAUUCAUGCGGCUCAUUGAACCCGUGGCCGCCAGCUUGCCGUACAUGACAUGCCCGGGGAAUCACGAAGAACGCUACAACUUCUCUAACUACAAGGCCCGAUUUAGUAUGCCAGGGGACAAUGAAGGCCUGUGGUACAGCUGGGACCUGGGCCCCGCCCACAUCAUCUCCUUCUCCACCGAGGUGUAUUUCUUUCUGCAUUACGGCCGCCACCUGGUCCAGAGACAGUUCCGCUGGCUGGAGAGCGACCUCCAGAAAGCCAAUCAGAACCGGGCGGCGAGGCCAUGGAUUGUCACCAUGGGCCACCGGCCCAUGUACUGCUCCAACGCCGACCUGGAUGACUGCAGGUGGCAUGAAAGCAAGGUCCGCAAAGGCCUCCACGGCAGGCUGUACGGGCUGGAGGAUCUCUUCUACAAAUACGGAGUGGACCUGCAGAUCUGGGCUCACGAGCACUCCUAUGAGCGACUGUGGCCAAUUUACAACUACCAGGUGUUCAAUGGCAGCCUCAAGUUUCCCUACACCAACCCUCGAGGCCCGGUCCACAUCAUCACAGGAUCCGCGGGCUGUGAGGAGCGACUGACCCCCUUUAGCAUCUCCCCAGGGCCCUGGAGCGCCCUGCGCGUGAAGGAGUAUGGGUACACCCGGCUGCACAUCCUCAACGGGACCCACGUCCACAUCCAGCAGGUGUCUGAUGACCAGGAUGGGAAGAUCGUGGAUGACGUCUGGGUGGUGAGACCCCUGGUUGGCCGGAGGAUGUACCACUAGGGAUGGGGGCCACUGUCAUCGGGCACUUGCCGCCGUGGACAGUACGACUGGACAUUGCUGUGACUGGGUGGGGAGUCAGGCGGGUCCCGACUCCCCUACUCCCUAGAGGCCCUGUGUGUCCUGACGGGGCUGGACAGUGGGAGCCUGGCUGCAGGGGGGACCGGCGUGACAGUGGAGCCGGCCCGGGUCUCGCCUGGCACAGACCCCCUCCUGGGUAGCAUCGGGCACCGGCCUUGGGAAUAAAAGGCUCCCAGGGGUGGCUCUGGGACAGGGGUCUGUGAGGGUGACCAGGGACAGGAACUCGAGUCCACCCCUCCACCGAACCCUGCCCGGCUCUCUGGAGACGGUCUCUCCCGCUGGACUGUCAACCUGGGCCCGGGCAGAGCCAGCUGCUCCUAGGCAGCUGCACACAGACUCAUUACAUGAAUGAAGGUCGCCACGUGUCCGGCUCUGGCCAGGGGACACUGGGGACAGCAAUGAACCAGCCCCAGUCCUGCCCGCUGGCAGCCCACAGGCAGCAGGGGAAUCGUCAUCCAACCCAGGUGACCAACGAGGAACGGGGGAACACCACGGAGGGACCAGGGCUGCGAGGUCACGGCUCAAGGCUGAGCUGGUGUCCCCUGUGGGCCUGGCAUGUCCCGUCCCGGGCUGGGUGAGGCUGUGGACGUGCCUGGGCCAUGGCGUCCACAGAGGGCAAAGGCCUGGCACUGAAGCCAGAUGGCAACUGGAUUCAAGUCUCAGCUGUGGUGAAGUGUCACCCCCUUUCUCCACUGAGAAGUCCUACCUGGGCUGCUCCAGACAUCCCCACCACGGCUGACUUUAGGGCUGUCAGCAGAAGAGUCUCUGCAGCAGAGUCCAUUGUAGAUAAACUUCCCAUUUUCCUGUCGCCCUGUUUACUUGGCCACUGGCCGGGAAGAUACCAUCCCUCCAGGUGCUGGACACCCUGUCACUAGUUCUUCACAAACAUGUAUCCAGUAGAGUAGUUUGUAGAAAUGUGCAGACAAGGCCUCUGGCCUCGGGCUGGGCUUCACAGAGAUGUCUACGUUCCUAAGAGGAGAGAAGUUACCGCCUGGGCUCCAUGGUAACAGCUGGCAGGGGAGGAAGGAGAGGGGAGGAGAAGCUCCCCCCUUCUCAGGUGCUGUCCUUGAAGGGUUAACUUGCCCAGAACAGUGAGAGAAAAAGCUGCUUUAUGUGAACUUCUGCAGACUGGGAACUUCGGAGCCCCUCCCCUUACACGCUGGGUAUAAAACUCUGAAACUCCCUGAAUUCGGGGUUCAGGGGAUUGAUUGAUGACAGCAAAAGCUGUGCCCUCUGAGCCUGGCUGCAGCCAAAUAAAACUGGGUCCUGCUGUCUCCGGUGCCCUGCCUCGUCUGUCCCUACAACAGGAGCACUUCCUGUGUGACUGGGGGCAAGUGACCCACCCUCUCUGAACCUCUGUUUCUUCAUUUGUAAAUAAGAAUGAUAUUAAAUGCGUGUGACAG